CAUUUGUUUUGAAGUUUAGUUUAUUACAAAUUCUCGAAAUUGUUUGACCUAUGGUUAAUAAAUUUUAAAAUAUUUUCUAUAACGCUAUAUUUACCGCUAUGGAAGUUAUUCAGCAAGGAUACGAAGUUCUCUAUGUGUGGAGUAGUCAAAAGGUCGAAGAAAUUGAGCAGCAGGUUAAUGAAAUCAAGAAAAUUGCUAACGUGAAAUUGGAAAAUUCUGAAAGAUUAUCUUUAGCAUCUUACAAUAAUUCUUCGUUUGACGUAGUUUUGGUAAAUGUACCGAUCGGAGGUCUUUUUGAUGAUUCAUUAAAAACACUUUUAAGUCUCGUGAAACCAAAAGGCAUAGUUGUCUUCAGUACCAACAAAAAUGACGACUUUGAGUCUCGUUUGUUAAUGACAGGCUACGUUAAUGUUAAAUUUGAAGAUGCAAAGAAUUGUGUCAUAAGUGAAAAACCAAAUUAUGAAAUUGGAUCAAAAGCUAAACUCUCAUUUGGGAAGAAAUCUGCCGAAACAACAACUAAGGUUUGGAAGCUGGAUAUCGAUGAUGACGAUGAGAUGAUUGACGGAGACGAUUUACUUGAUGAAGAAGAUAAACAAAAACCAUCAUCAGAAUCCUUACGUGUUUGCUCAACAACUGGAAAAAGAAAGGCUUGUAAAGACUGCUCAUGUGGACUUGCAGAAGAACUUGACGCUGAAGCUAAAGGAAAAAACGUUGAUCCAAAUCCAACACAAAAAUCGUCAUGCGGAAGUUGUUAUCUUGGCGAUGCUUUUCGUUGCUCAACAUGCCCAUAUCUUGGCUUACCGGCAUUUAAACCAGGUGAAAAGAUUCAAUUGACAGAUAUGAUGAAAUCUGAUGUCUAAAUCGAAAAGAGUUUCGUAUUAACAUUAUUUGGGAUCACCGAGGGAAUCUUAAACAAAAUUAUGCUUAAGCUGAUAAGUUUUCUAAAGAGUUUUGUAGAAUAAUGUUAAUAAAUUCCAUUGAUCUUAAUUAAAACAUUAAGAAGAAAUGAAUAAGUUAAA